CAGAUAAUAUUGAUAUGAUUCCUUGGUUCAGUGUAGUGCCCCUACUGGUGCUAAAAUCGCGCCAAAACAUCCUGACAUCAUCAGCUUCAUAUCUUGGAAGGAUUCUUGUCAUUUAAAUAUUAAGCACGCGACAAACAUCUACGAUCCAUUAAAAUAAAACUACGGCCACUUUUCCACAAUGGCUCCCACCCGCAAACGAUCGGGAACACCUAAAACACAGCCCGCACGAGCCAGGAAAGACGUCAAGAAACCAGCAACCCAGAAGUCUAAACCGGACCGGGACCAACAGAACAGUGUUGGUCCUGCCGAUGAAAAUGGCCCGACCAUGUUCAUCGAACACUGCACUUCCUGAUCCGUGUUCAAGCGCAAGGCAGCUCAGAUCCACAAGGAACUGAGUGACCUUGCGCCGGAACAGUCGUUCGGGUUGAAGCUGAACGAGGGGGGAAAACCACGUCGUGGAGCUUUCGAGAUUUCCGUUGCCAAAUCAAAAGACGCCAAGCCUACCCAGAUUUGGACGGGAUUGUCCAAGGGACCUCCGAGGAAGGAUAAAUUUCCGGAAGCCAACCAAAUUCUGAAGGAAGUUCUGGCGGCUUUGAAGUAGUUUGUAAGAUUUAAAUGGAUUGUGGGUUAACUGUGGAUUCGAAAUUCGCGUUUGUCUCGUUUACAUAUUUGUCGUAUGAAGAUGUUUAGGUAAACCUGAAAAGGACCUAGACGUUCGAAGUCAACAAUGGUAGAUUGAAGACCAACAAGGAGUUUCGGAUCCAGUGUUACCACACAUCUGACGGUACAAAUCAUCUUUGUUUCGAUUGAUGAACCCAAUAAACUAGCGUUACCCUUUUUCACUAA